CCCCCCCCUUCCCUCCUCCUCCUCCCCUCCCGCCACCCACACCGAGCCGGCAAAUGAACUCGGUCCGAGCCGCCAACAGGAGACCCAGGCGAGUGUCCAGGCCGCGCCCGGUGCAGCAGCAGCAGGAGAGGAACAACAACAACGCCGCCGGGGACCGGGAUGAUGAUGUACCUGCAGAUAUGGUUGCAGAAGAAUCAGGUCCUGGUGCACAAAAUAGUCCAUACCAACUUCGCAGAAAAACUCUUCUACCUAAAAGAACAGCUUGCCCUACAAAGAGCAGCAUGGAGGGUGCCUCCACUUCAGCUACUGAGAACUUCGGUCACCGAGCUAAACGUGCUAGAGUAUCUGGAAAAUCCCAGGAUUUAUCAGCAGCACCUGCAGAACAAUAUCUCCAGGAGAAGUUGCCUGAUGAAGUGGUUCUGAAGAUCUUCUCCUACCUGCUGGAGCAGGACCUCUGCAGAGCAGCCUGUGUGUGUAAGCGCUUCAGCGAGCUGGCAAACGAUCCCAUUUUGUGGAAAAGAUUGUACAUGGAAGUAUUUGAGUACACUCGGCCCAUGAUGCAUCCUGAACCUGGCAAGUUUUAUCAGAUAAACCCAGAAGAAUAUGAACAUCCAAAUCCCUGGAAGGAAAGCUUUCAGCAGCUGUACAAAGGAGCACAUGUAAAGCCAGGGUUUGCUGAACACUUCUACAGUAAUCCCGCAAGAUACAAAGGAAGAGAAAAUAUGCUGUAUUACGAUACCAUUGAGGAUGCUCUUGGUGGAGUUCAGGAAGCUCAUUUUGAUGGACUUAUCUUUGUUCAUUCUGGUAUAUAUACUGAUGAAUGGAUAUAUAUAGAAUCUCCAAUCACCAUGAUCGGUGCAGCGCCUGGAAAAGUAGCAGACAAAGUUAUAAUUGAAAACACUAGAGAUUCCACCUUCGUUUUUAUGGAGGGUUCUGAAGAUGCCUAUGUUGGAUAUAUGACAAUCAGGUUCAACCCUGAUGACAAAUCUGCUCAGCACCACAAUGCUCACCACUGCUUAGAGAUCACCGUAAACUGCAGCCCUAUUAUAGACCACUGUAUCAUCCGGAGUACUUGCACGGUUGGCUCUGCAGUGUGCGUUAGCGGCCAAGGAGCUUGUCCGACUAUCAAACACUGUAACAUCAGCGACUGUGAAAAUGUGGGACUCUACAUUACAGACCACGCACAGGGCAUAUAUGAGGACAAUGAGAUCUCCAAUAAUGCGUUAGCAGGGAUUUGGGUUAAAAACCAUGGCAAUCCCAUUAUCAGACGGAAUCACAUUCACCAUGGACGUGAUGUUGGCGUUUUCACUUUUGACCAUGGCAUGGGUUAUUUCGAAAGCUGCAACAUCCACAGGAACAGGAUAGCAGGUUUCGAAGUGAAAGCGUACGCCAAUCCUACGGUGGUUCGGUGUGAAAUCCAUCAUGGUCAGACCGGCGGGAUCUAUGUUCAUGAGAAAGGAAGAGGACAAUUCAUAGAGAACAAAAUCUAUGCAAACAAUUUUGCAGGCGUUUGGAUUACCUCAAACAGUGACCCAACAAUAAGGGGCAAUGCAAUUUUUAAUGGGAAUCAAGGUGGUGUCUAUAUCUUUGGAGAUGGAAGAGGCCUUAUUGAAGGAAAUGACAUUUACGGUAAUGCAUUAGCAGGAAUACAGAUCCGAACAAACAGCUGUCCCAUAGUUCGACACAACAAGAUUCAUGACGGUCAGCAUGGUGGGAUUUAUGUGCAUGAAAAAGGCCAAGGGGUGAUAGAGGAGAAUGAAGUCUACAGCAAUACUUUGGCUGGAGUCUGGGUGACAACAGGGAGCACUCCAGUCUUGCGGAGGAACAGGAUACACAGUGGGAAACAGGUUGGAGUGUAUUUUUAUGACAACGGACAUGGUGUGUUAGAAGACAACGACAUCUACAAUCACAUGUACUCAGGGGUUCAGAUAAGAACUGGAAGCAACCCCAAAAUCAGACGCAACAAGAUCUGGGGUGGCCAGAAUGGGGGUAUCCUUGUCUACAAUUCUGGGCUUGGAUUUAUAGAAGACAAUGAGAUUUUUGAUAACGCAAUGGCUGGUGUAUGGAUUAAAACAGACAGCAAUCCUACACUACGAAGAAACAAAAUCCACGAUGGACGAGAUGGAGGCAUCUGUAUAUUUAAUGGGGGAAGAGGUCUUUUGGAAGAGAAUGAUAUCUUCAGGAAUGCUCAAGCCGGUGUUCUCAUCAGCACCAACAGCCACCCCGUGCUAAGGAAAAACCGAAUAUUCGAUGGGUUUGCCGCAGGUAUCGAAAUAACAAACCACGCAACUGCAACGCUAGAAGGCAAUCAGAUUUUCAACAACCGCUUUGGAGGUUUGUUCCUGGCCUCUGGUGUCAACGUCACGAUGAAAGAUAACAAAAUCAUGAACAAUCAGGACGCCAUAGAGAAAGCCGUCAGUAGAGGCCAGUGCCUGUACAAGAUCUCGAGUUACACCAGCUAUCCCAUGCACGACUUCUACAGGUGUCACACUUGUAACACCACGGACCGCAAUGCCAUCUGUGUCAACUGCAUCAAGAAGUGCCACCAAGGACAUGACGUGGAGUUCAUCAGACACGAUAGGUUUUUCUGUGACUGCGGAGCUGGAACGCUGUCCAACCCCUGCACGCUUGCUGGGGAGCCCACGCACGAUACGGACACACUAUAUGACUCUGCUCCACCUAUAGAAUCAAACACGUUGCAGCACAACUGAACUCCUUGCGGAAGGAAAGCCCUGCCAUUCAAAUCCCAUAACUGUCAAAACUGGUUUGGUUUUUUUGGAGGAAGUUAAACCAGCCCAUUUCUGCGGAGAGAGAGGCGGCAAAUUCAAGCGGCUGAGAGGUGUUGACACUAUGGAGCUCAACCUACCAAAAAAAAAGAAAGUGGCAAUAUGUUGACUCAGGAUAACGGACUGGGCGUUUCAGCAUUAACUGUGUUCCCACAGGCUCUGGAGGGACAGAAGCGGCGCACGAGAGGCCGCGGUUUGUACAGACCCCACUGCUGCCCUGCUGGCGUUUCCACAUGCAGCAGCGCCGUUCUGUCGACAAGGCAGCGCGGCCUUCGCUGCUGCCUUCACGGACAUGGGUACCGAUCGCUUUUGUAACAUGGUUAAAAAAAUGUGAGCUAGCACUUCUGCGUUCCUUAUGAGUUUUUUAACAUUUAUUUUAUGAUUUUAAUGCUUUAAUCUCACGUAGUUUGUUUCUAAUUUCAAGCAAAAAAAGAAACCCUCUUCCCGUACUUGAACGUGUCCUGUUCUGUUAGCGCACCUAGACUGUCCCUGUACUCAUGUCCCAGUAUGUACGUUCUUUCUAUGAAAGAGAAAACACUAAUCUUAAAUUAUAUCCAGCAAUUUUUCUGGUGUCCUCCCGACGUUAGCGUGCUCUCCUCCCCUGCCCCGGCACCGCUCUGUACUCACCCUAACCGGAAAGCGAGUGUUUUAAUGAGACUUCCUCACCCUCGCUGCGCUAUAAAACAAAAAGUACCUGUGUGACCACGUCUGUGAGUUGAGAUUUUAACGACGUGUUAAAGCCCGCGGUAGAAAGUCUCCUCAAAACAGUCUUGUACUUUUGCUCUGUUCAUAGUUUUUUUUUGAACAGCCUGGACAUGACUCACGGAACCUGCCGGAAACGGCAGCGAUCUCCCGCUCCGAUGACGCCGAGACAAGUAUAUAGGCAGCCCUACCCAGUUCCAUAGCUUCUCCCAUUGAUGUGUAUUGGUGACAGUGGGUAAUCAACAGCCUGACCGUGUAUGCAUGUACCAUAACAUCUAGACUUAAUAUAUUGUGGAGUACUCAAUAACCAUUAUGUAGAGGGUAGGUAAGAAUUAAAGGGUUUAAUUUCCUAGG